GGCUGUUGUCCGCGUCGUAUCUAUUUUACGGAGUGACUGCGCCGCGUUGUGUUACGAAAAACAUCUUUUGUACCAUAAGUAAACCAGUGUUGUGGAUUCGUAUUAUAGUGUACGUGUGAGAUUGUGCCAUUUCAUAUUGUGAUGUUGCCUCUGCGAUAUGCUAUAGUGGAUUUCUCUUGAAAAGAGUGGGACGGGUUUUGGCCUCCGUCGUCGGACGCCUUUUCUCUCCGAUCUCGGGAUAUCAUUAAGAUGCAAACACAAGAUGACCCGUCAAUUUGACUAUACCGAGUGGAACCUAUCAUACUAAACCACACAUGACCUCCACAACCAUGACGUGGAAACCACCACGCAACUUAGAACCAUUAGAGAAAACAAUUUCAAGCAAAAGGAGGAGUUUACAGGAUCUCAAACCUCUACUAGAGGACAGAGGAGGUAUAAAAACAAGAAAUGACACGAGGAGUGACGUUAUUAGGGGUAGUAGUGAGGAGUCGUUUAGCAAUAAUAGUGUUUAUGAAAUAGACAAUAAAGUUAGUUUUGUGAAUGUUAGUGUUUCCCGAAAUACUGUGAAGUGCAAUGGUAGGUUUGGAAGUGGACGAUGGUGCUUUGGUAGGUUUAAAACAAUUGUGUUUUUGUUAUGUGUGAUCAUUCUGGAGUCGAGACUAUUUGCUGAAGCGAGAAGUACAGAACCAAGAUACGAAACUGCGUACGCGUGUGAAGGCAAAACCCUGAAAAUCGGCUGCGGGGAGGGGUCCGUGAUACAUUUGAUAAGAGCAAACUAUGGACGGUUCUCGAUCACCAUCUGCAACGACCACGGGAACACCGACUGGAGCGUCAACUGCAUGUCAACGAGGAGUUUGCGUGUUCUACACAGCAGAUGUAGUAUGCAUCAGAACUGCAGUAUAUUAGCAAGCACAAACAUGUUCGGCGAUCCGUGUCCGAAUACGUUAAAGUAUUUGGAAGCGCAUUACCAAUGUGUACCAGCAUCAACAACAAGCACUACAAACAGGCCAUCACCACCUUGGUUAAUAACAUCCCAACCAACAGUAUGGCGGUCGACAGCCCCUCCAGCGCCUAAAAGUCCAGUACAAACCCAGCAGGGAGAAAGGAAGAAGCCAACUGUCAUCACGCCACCGACGUUCAGGCCUCAUAUUACUUUACCGCCUGAAGUUAAACUGGGCGAUGUUGCUACUAAGACCACAACCCGGCAACCGGAUUCUUCAUCAGAGAGAGAUGCAUCGCAAAUACCACAAGACAACACGCCAGAAGUGAAAGAGGACCCAACUAAAGUAGAAUCUGAAAGUCCUAGAAUAGAGAAACCGAAGGAUGAUGAUAUGGCGGUUACAGAAGAAACGAUCCACUGGCCAGUGAAGGACGAUUCUGACUCUACAGUACCUGUGCAUGUACCUCAGAAAGAAACCAAACCAAACCCGGAUGUAGAGGAUGUAUUCGAUAAUGUGUAUUCGACAAUUUCAACAUCAAACAUCGGCAGACGCGCAUACUGCCCUCAAGUUAACGCUCGGGGACUUCAUUGGAACUGGACGUUGGUGAACACUUACAGUGUCCAGCCCUGUCCGGGGGGUGCUAGCGGACUGGCCAAGUGGAAGUGUGUACUGAAUCAGUACCAGCCUAGUGAGGAGGAGCGCCCCCUGCGGCGGGGUACCGGUCUACCAUCAGGGGAGAACUAUCACGAUCUGGGAUUGGACAGCGACAGACAGAUGCAGCUGAUAUCUAGGCUAGGCUCCGAAGCACUUCUAAAAGGCCGUGAUGGUGAUACGCCUGACCACGUGAUCGACUACCGGGGCGGUAACGCGGAUAGCCUGCCAUCAAACCUACAUACUCCCAAUAACGCAGACCUAUAUUUGGACACGAUACCUGAAUGGCUUGGCGCUACCCCCGACCUGAGCGAGUGUCGGUCUGUAUGGCUGAAUAGUUUGGAAGCGAGGGUCAAGGAGGGAGACUCUCUCCUCAGCAUCAGCAAUGAUUUAGCACAGGUGACAUCAUCAAAAACAUUGUAUGGAGGUGACAUGAUGAUCACAACGAGCAUCAUGAAGAAACUGGCUCAAGGCAUGGCGCGGAACGUAAAGACUUUCCCUGAUGCUAACCAGCGGGAAGCACUUGUUGCAGACAUGUUGUUAGGCGUUAUAAAGACAGGUUCGAAUCUUCUAGAAGAAAAUCAACGCGCGUCAUGGGCGGACUUAAGCCCAGAAGCACAGAACCGGGCAGCCAGCGCGCUUCUCACUCAACUUGAAGAGAAUGCCUUUUUGUUAGCUGAGGCAAUCACGGAAGAGAGGAACAUAUUGCAGACCGUUAAAAAUAUAUGUCUCUCAGUACGAGUGUUAGAAGUGAAAAACGUUGAAGACGAAACAUUUCCAUCGCUCACUGCACAGGAACAGUGGAAGGGUUCAGAGGACUCAAUCACCAUACCCAAAGCUGCAUUGCAUGAAAACCGCCAAGACGGAUUGGUGCGUAUCGUUUUCUUCGCGUUCAACCGUCUCGAGCAGAUACUGCCGCCGACCUUCGGCAAGACUCCUCAGUAUGCAGCCUUCGCAGCCGACCCAGCUGCCUCUUCAUCCACCAGCAUCAAUUCUGAACGGGAGAAGAGGAACGUCACCAGAGUCCUCAAUUCUAAGGUGAUAUCAGCAAGUUUGGGCAAUGGCAGACAUAUACAAUUGACGCAAAUGGUCAGGCUCACUAUGAAGCAUCUACGUACUGAGAACGUUACGAAUCCGGCUUGCGUGUUUUGGGACUACACGUUACAUGGCUGGUCUCCAGAAGGCUGCCAAGUGGAAUGGUCCAACUCUUCGCACACUGGGUGCGCCUGCUCCCAUCUCACGAACUUCGCAAUCCUCAUGGACGUCCAGGGAAUACCACUCUCCGAUAAUCACGUGCUGGCCCUCCGGCUGAUCACCCUCAUCGGCUGCGCUAUCUCAUCCGUAGCACUCUUUGCUGCAAUCAUCGUGUUCCAGUGCUUCAAGAAUAUGAAGGUUUCUGUCUCUGAGUCUGAUCGCGUGUUAAUCCAUAAGAACCUGUGCUGGUGUUUACUGGUCGCUGAGGUGGUGUUCAUGGCCGGUAUAGACCAGACCCAGAAUAGAAUAUUGUGUGGUCUGAUCGCUGGACUGCUACACUACUUCUUCUUGGCUGCCUUCGCUUGGAUGUUUCUAGAAGGGUUCCAUCUGUACGCGAUGCUGGUGGAGGUGUUCGAGCCGGAGCGUCCUCGCGCGCGCUGGUACUUGGCGGGCGCGUACGUAGCCCCGGCACUGGUGGUGCUGGCCUCCGCCGCAACCUAUCCCGCAGGAUACGGAACCUCCCGCCACUGUUGGCUCUCCACCGACCGACUGUUCGUCAUGAGCUUCGUCGGGCCCGUCGCCCUUGUGCUUGCUGCAAAUUGGAUAUGCCUCAGUAUGGUCAUUUAUAUGAUGUGCCAUCAUUCGAAUGUCUCGGUCAAAACGAAGGAGAACUCAAAAUUAUACAAAAUAAGGGUAUGGUUACACAGCUCUAUGAUCCUGGCCUUCUUACUAGGGCUGACGUGGACCUUCGGACUGCUAUAUCUAACGGAGCAAACAGUCGGAAUAGCUUAUACCUUCACGAUAUUGAACUCGUUGCAAGGUCUCUUCAUAUUCAUCUUCCAUUGUCUUCAGAACGAAAUUUUCCAGAAGGAGAUGGGUAGAGUGGCUCGCCGUCACCGGUGGCUGGCGUGGUGCGGAGCGCUGGGCCCCGCGCCGGCGUCGCACGUGGACACGCGGCAGGCCUCCGUCAAGAGCCGCCGCUACCACGCGCCCGCGCCCGACUCCGACGACGUCGCCGAGGCCCGCGACGUCACCAGCUACAACAUACAACCGGAGCCGUCAAGAUGGAACAUAAGGCCCACUGCCCCGAUAUACGUCCCGAACGACGAAACUAGAAGCACACGUGUGCCAACACCGCAAAAUAUACCGCACAGUUCGUCGCACACGCAAAGCAUAGCGUCGAUGCAUAGCUACAGAACCAAUAUCGAAGUACCGAACGAUUACCAGAAUCUGAGAUCGCGGUCGCCAUCUUGUUUUUCUAACAAAAUGGCCGCGUCGAUUGGCGCGAACGACUGGGCGCUUAUGACGAAUGGCGGCAGUAUUUGGAAGAACACUUCUUCUAAGAGUCAUUCCAAUACUGCGACGCUCCCUCAUCACGACACCCUCUCCAGGCAGCUGGCACAGCAGAACCAUAUGCAUGCCCCAUACAGCGACUGCGAUGUGCCCCUCGCCCCAGGCUCUCCUCGCCAUGGCAUUAAGGAUGAGGACAGUCCUCUCCACCACCAAGGGUACCAAACAACUAGAAGCUACAACCAUGACUUCAGGAAUCCUCACGUGUUCAUAUCCCAACACUCCCCUGGAAGCCAAGAUAUGAUCUAUCGGAAGCACUACAAGGAUGAACGACGUAAGCACCAUCAUCACCACGGAAGUCAGAAUAUCAACCAUACGUACUCAGAAAUUGGGUCGCAACAGGGCAGGAUAUACAGACGGGGCUCUGAGCAGGAGUUUCGUGUGAUACAAGACGAUCCUGUUUACGAGGAAAUCGAAAGAAAUGAGACGAUGAUGUCGGAUGUGUCCGACGAUAACUCGGGUCCUGACAACUGCAGGCAGAAUCCUGCACUGCACGGGUCCUCAGGUUCCAAGUUCUUCGGCGAUCAUCGUCCUCUAAUCUCGUAUAGUCCUGGAGAGAGACACCAUCACGAUCAGGAACUGUACGGGAAGUAUGGAAAAUGGGAUACUGCUGAGCGAUACGACCCGAGACACUACGAAAGCGGGAGAUUGAUGCAUCCUUAUCAUCAGCCCCAAGAAAGUAACAUGCGAGCGUUAGCAGCGGUACUGAACGGUGAGAACAAUGUAGUUUGCCAUUUAGAGCCGCACAAUCCAUACGACGUGUACCAAUCCCAAAGCGGUAACCCUAGGACUGUUUCGCAGCCGAGUUUUUAAGUGGCAACCCUGAAGUGAGAUUUGAAUUCGAAUUCGAAUUGAAUCGACUCGAAAUAAUGUGAUUAAUACGAUCGAGUUAAUAGUGAACUCGACGUGUUUCGUUUGAGUGUUAGUGACUUUAUAGACAUGAAUGGACAGUAAUGUACAGAUAUAGCGAAUGAAUUUUUCUAUGGACGUAGAUAUAGUAAGUCUUAGUGACACGAUACAUAAGUGAUAGCGUUUACUGUAGGAACUUGCCAUAACAUGGACGUUGAUAUAACAUAUAUUUAUAGUAUAGAAUGUAAACGUAAAUUAAAAUCACUUUUUCCACUGUGAUCCUAUUUAAAUAUAAACGCUCAAGUAUCAGUGUUGCGACCACAUAUUUUACUUUUUAUGGAAUUAGGGCGUUGCGCACGCUUAAAUUAAUGGCGCCCCAAAGACAGUCUAACUCCCAUAUUUUAGAGUACGAGAACAUGUGAACGUUCGUGUGUAACCGCCCUUACACUGUCUAAACAUUCUAAGAAUUUGCGUAAUAUAGAAGCAAAUCGAAUAUUAGUCAAAUAACUGCAGUAGUAAUAGAUUUAUUUUAAAAUUGCCCAAGUUCUAAGGAUUGUUAGACAGACUGACAGCAAUUUUGUAUAUAAGAUUAGAGUUUAGUACUAGACUCGUUAGUACUUCCGGUGUGCCCUUACUGUUUCUAUCAGCGAUUUCUUUAGAUAAAAAAAAUAUAUCAUGGCAUUUUUCCCUUAAUGUAGGUACGAUAAUCUGUGAUGUUUCUUUUGUACACUUAGAUUAAGUUAUGCUUACGCCAUCUUGGAUAAUGUACAAAAACACUGCCAUUGUAAUUGUUAUACAGAGUGAUGGUUUAUUACUUGUACAGUUUUCGAAUAUUUAAAUCUCGAAUAUUUUUUUUAAUUAAUGAUAGUGAAUCUGACUAAAUUUAAAUAUACACAGCUAUCAAUCAUCUCAUUUGUAGAAGGUAAUUAAUUCACCACGCAUAAUCAAGUACGCUGGAUAACGACAAAAUCGCGUACAAUAGUCCGUUAAAUCUAAUAGUAGUAAUAAAGAUAAUAAAAAAAAAGUUGUCCUUUUUUUAAAAAGUAAAUUAAUAUAAAAUUUUAUCCUAUUGUAAACCAUCAUGAUGUAUAAUUAAUACUUAGAGCUAAAUUGGGAGAUAAAAUACCAAUUUGCUAGGCCAAUCAUAAAAUUCGACUAUUUUUCCAACUCGUUACACGGUCUCGUGUAAAAGUUUGUCAGAUAUCGCUACAUAUGUAAGCAUCCGGAGAAAGAAAUUAUUAUUUAUAAUCAAUAGCUACUAAAAAUAUCAAUCUGGCAUUUUUCUAUUUACUAGUCUAAUCAGAAAGCUAUGAAGUUAUGAAAAUUGUAUAUUUUCUUCCCAUUUUAGCCCUAAUCUUAUUAUGCUAUUAUUUGCUAAGGCAUAACAGCUAUAUUUAUUUCCAGUGCUUCAGCUUUAUUAUAUUAUAAUUUGUUUUAACAAUUUUUCGGAAAAAAUCCAUCCAACCUAUUAUAGACUGACACCAUUUGAUGUUGUGCACUUUUCUGUACAUUAGAAACUAGUGUUAUUAAAUACUAAAAGAAAGUAUAUAUAUUAUUUGUAUGAAAGUAAAUUUAAUUUUUAUUAAUGCCAUGUUAAAGUCUCUUUUUCAUUAAACAGUGAGUACAAAUGGAAUUGAUUUUACAGAA